CCGCUAUUAGGGAAACCUUCUACGCUUUAUAUGAAUGGAAUAGGCUCCUGAUUGGUCACGACUACUGGCAACUACUUCAAAUCUUAGAUGCCUAGAAAUACCAGUGUGUACUUAUACACUUAUAUAUAAUUUUGGGACACUUGAUUUUGAGAGAACACUAGAGUUUCAGAUGGCGCAUACAUCGUUUAUCGUUUAAAGGAGAUUGCAGAUACUUUAAAGAUCAUAUCUUGAAAACUGUUCGAGAAUGGAAUUCCCUAAAACUUUUCAAGCCUUCUGCAAAUUACGGAUCACUCUAAUCCGAAAGAUACAGCAAUAUUUUAAAAGUUACCUUUAAACAAUGUCUGUUUCUCAUUCAUUUUACAAUGUGCUGGUCGCUAUCUACCCAAUAAACAAGCCUUUUUCCAUCUAUAUCUUCAUAUUUUUUUCAAUAUUAGUAUAAACGAAACAAAACUCCAAUGACCUACUCGCGACUCGAACCCAGCCAUCGUAAAUGAAUACAGAGAGUUUUCUGUGAUAAAUACUGAUAUUCUGUGUUUCUUCGUUGACAUUUGAAAAUAUAUGAAAUGAACCGUUGACAUAAACUUGAAUUUUGGGACGCCAAAAUAAAGUUUCGUUUAUUAUUUUAAAGGAUAGGAGCUAUGAUUUUAAUUUUUUAUUUCGAUUUCUGAAAUGUCUAUGAAGGAAAUAUUUUCGGUUGCCCUAAGUAAGGCACAAGAAGAAAAAUUCUGCUGUAAGAAAAUUAUUAAAUUAGUGGAAAACGCUUUCGAUAAGUCCAAACUCGAGGAACUGCUUCAAGCUUACAUUGAUGCAUUAUACAAUUGUUACUACUCAGAUGAUUAUGCAGACAAAAAUCCAUAUAUAUCCAGAACUUUGGAGUUCUUAGCAAAAAUAGCAAUAAAAAUUACUCUGAAAUGUAUAGAGCCAAUGGAAAUUGCAGAUACUAAUGGCACUACUUCUCAAGUCUACGAUAUCACCUUCGAUCCAUUCUUUUUAAACAUUUUAAAGGCUAGUUUGAAGUUUGCUUGUGUAGGCAAAAAAGAAGUAAGGUUUAAUACAUGUUAUUUUAUCAUGACCUUAUUACAAAACAUUGGAAAUAAUGUUGAAAUGGAUUAUAGCGUUUGUAAUAUUAUCUUGGAUUCUCUAGUAGAAUUAUUACAUGAUACUAAAACAAGUGUCAGAAUUCAAGCUAUUAAAGCAUUAGUGAGACUUCAAGAGCCUUCUAAUGCAGAGUGUGUAGUAUUAAAGUCUUUUUGGAUGCUAUUUAAUGAUCAAAAUAGUGAAGUGAGAAAGGUUGUGAUAAAUUAUAUAGCUCCACAUCCACAAAGUUAUAGCAAAAUUAGAAUGAGACUUUCAGAUACAGAUCUUGGUGUUAGGCAAGCAGCAUAUGCCAAAUUAGCAGAUACAAAUCCAAAGUUGUAUCUUAAAAUAAUUGAUAGGAAUAUUAUUUUAACCUCCGGUUUAGCUGAUACAAAUAAGAAAAUAAAGCAUAUAUUGACAGAGAAAUUAUUACCAAAAUGGUUAAGUCAUUUUGAAGGGAAUUAUCUACUCUUUUUUAGAGCAUUGAGAUUGGAUGCUGAUGAAAAUGACAUAAAUAACUUUGAGAAGUUGUGCUCAAAACUUUCAAAUAUCCUUUUGGGGCGUAAUAGUUUGACUGACAUUGUGAAAAAUUUACCUGUUAGUAAAGAAGAAAAAGUUAUCCCUAUCCAACAGUUACGUUUGGAGUGUGUAUUUUUUUGGUCAAAUGUUAUAAGUCACCUCAGGAAAAUAGAAGAUGAAGAAGACUAUUUACAGAACAUUUUACCAGAGUUGACAACAUUUAGUAAUUAUAUAGAAAGAGUAAUUAAAGAAAAGACUUCUGUUACUAUGGAUGAAUGGGAAAACCUAGAAUUUCAAAAUGUGGUAUUCCAGCUGUUCCAAAUUUCAUCAGGAUUUGAUAUGUCAGAUGAAGUUGGAAGGAAAACCUUAUAUGCAUUGAUUUUAAAAAUUUUAACAACAAAUAAAUUUCAACAGAAAUUGAUCAAUAAGAUUGUUCAAGUUGCUUCUCAAUUGAAUAGUGAUGUUAAUUCGCUUACAAUCGAUCUAUGUCAAGUUAUUUCCGAAAUAAGAGAGCCUUUAAUAGAUGAAGUGCCAUCUGAGGACAAAUUGAGGAAACAGAAAUUCGAGAUUACGCAAUUGAGAGUAAAAAUUCAUCAAUUGGAAAUUGAUGAAGAAGAAGCUUUGAAGAAAAAAGAUUUCCAACAUGCGCAUAUUGUUCAAAAUGAAAUAAAAGAAUCACAGAGAAAACUAGAUAGUUUGAAUAAUAUGCUGUACUCGGUUUCGGAAAAAGUGAGGGUAUCUAAAGAUGAUCCAGAAACAAUCUGUAGAUGUUUGGAUAUACUUAUAGGACUCUUGAAAAUACCAACUAUUACUGUUAUGUCCCCUGCUUUACAGUCAUGCAGAGAUGAAUUCUUAAUGCCGCUUUUGAGUAAUAAUACAUCAGAAAUACACUGGAGGUUUAUACUAUGUCUUGGUUUGUUUUCAAUUAUGGAUAGGGACUUAGCUUUCCAGCAUGCCAAUUUUCUUUGUUUACCAAUAGCUACUUACAGGGCGAUACAAAACUAUGAUAAAAUUGCUCUGAAAACGUCUGUAGCAUGUGUCACUGAUCUAAUAUGCAUGUAUGGUGUCAAAGUGAUUGGUAUGCAAGAAAACUCUCAAACUGAUCUGAACCAGGAUACGAAUCCAAUAGCUUCUAGGAGAAAACUGUACUCUGAAGAUCUUAAUGAACCGGAAAUUUUGAAUAAGGAUGACAUAACAAUUGAAUUCAUCAUUGAUAUCAUACUGGAUAUGUUGAACGAUGAGGACGAAGAAGUUCGUUGCACUGCCACUACUUCGAUAUGUAAACUUAUUGCACAUGAUUUUCCAAUAAACUCCGAUAUUAUAUGUCGACUCAUUCUGAAGUGGUACAAUCCUGAAACAGAAAAGCAAGAUCCUAAAUUGCAUCAACAACUUGGCUCAAUUAUAGAAUGCUUCACUAAUCUGACUAAAGGCGCAAAAAGAAUAGUACAAAGAGCAGUUGUACCAAUAAUAUCUAGUAUAGUCAAUGCACCUGGAACAAGUCCGUUGCUUGAAAUCGAUAUAGAAAAUGUUCUCAGAUUGCUAGCAGCACUUACUUGCACAGUCAAUGACAAAGAUGAGGAAAAUAUACAUGGAGAAAUUGCUGUUGAUCUUGUUGAAAGAAUAUCGAAAAAACCAAACGAGGCUUGUACUUCAUAUCUGGUUAAAUUAUUGACCUAUUUAACAAUGAAGUUUAAGGAUAUAGAAGAAUGUAAAAAAAUGAUUGCUUCAGUAGAAUUAUUAGUUGAUGAUUUGGUGGAUAAGAUUCCUAAAAAGAAUCUUAUAAAAUUUCGUGAUAAAUUGAAUGAUGGUUUGAGAAGAGCAACUACAGGUGAGAAAGAAGAAGAUAAGAAUGAGACUAACACAGUAAAUGGAUUCACUUCAAUAAGCCAUGUUACAAAUGGUAAUUCAGAAAAUGAGUCUUCUUUAGCAAAACUGUCUAUGAUAAAUGAAGAAUCAAACAAUGAAAGUCAAGAGCAACUCGAAAAUAAUGAUAUAUUGGAAAAGGACCAAGAAUAUAAUCCAAAAAGAAAUAUAAGAGAAUCAAUUGAAAAAAGAGAUAAAAAUGAUAAAAAUCAUGGGCAACUUGAAGAUUCACAUUGCUAUUCAAAAGGUAAUUCACAGUCUCCUUCGAAAGAAGGUUCUGUUGAAAACUGUUCUGAUGAAACUGUAGAAAAUCAAAAAUCAACUCGAUCUGGAAGGAAACUAUUAAUGAGGGGUGUAAGUAAAAUAUUAAAAGGUAAGGGAAAACUUCAGAAAAUAUCGGAAGGAGAUGAAGAAAACAAGAAAUCAAAAAGUAGUGAAGGAACAGUUGAGAAUGCCAAAGCUGAAAAUGAAGAAAGUUUAAGAAAAUCAAUUUCUGUAGAUGUUAGUAGGAGAUCAAUAGGUGAAAAUUUAAUUUAUGAGAAGUAUGACUAUACUUCUGAGGAAAAAACAGAAAAUUCUGAUGAAACACCAAAAAAAACAAGUAACAAAAAAACAAACUCUAAGAAUUCCAAAAUUCAGAUAAUCUCUCAAGUUGUAUUGAGGAAAGAUAACAAAACACAAUCAAUUGAUUCCUUUACUUCUGUUGAUAUAUCAAAGAGAAAACUAAGAAAAUAUAAAACUCCAUCUGAUAACGGCUCAACCUCAACAUGUGAUAAACCUGAUAACAAAAAAAAACAGUUGCAGAGAAAUACUUCGUUCACAUCCAAAUUCAAUGAUGAUGUAACAUCUCAGUCUGUUAAAGAGAAAAUUACAUCAAAAGGUUCCCCAAAACAAAACAAAGAAAAAAGGUCAGCAGAAACUCCCUUAUCUAUAACUGUAAAUCGAAAAUCUAAAAGGCAUUUAAGAGGUACUACAACUGAAGAAACACCAAGAAAGUUAGUUACUAAUACAAAAGAAAAUCCAUCAAGUCCGUUUAGAAAAAAAGACACAAACACUCCACUUUCUGUUGGAAAGAGAUCAUCUAAAAGAUUUUCUAAUAUUCCAUCUGUUUCUAAUAAAAUUAACAGAAAAAAAUCUCUACCAUCUCUUACUGUUAGAAGAAGCUUGAGGAAAAGACUCACAAAUAGCAGUUUAUCCAAUAAUCCAUACCGUAAAAGUUUUACGACAACUCCAAAGACUGCAUCAAGAAAUGAACCCAAAAAAUUAUCAAAAAUGAAAGAAGCACCAAAGGAACAAGACCAAACCCAACCAAACACUCCUAAACAAUAUAAUGUACAUAAUAAAAUUCAUAAUCUUAGACGAACAAAAAUGAGUGAAAAAUUAUCUGAAUCACCUUCUGAAGUUUCUUCAAUGGAAUCUUUAAAUAAAAAAACAUUGAGAAGUCAGAAGCAAGAUCCAGUAGUUGAGAUAAGUAAGACUAAAAUAAAUCCCAAUACUGUUAAUCGAAAUGAUAGGGUUGAAUCAAAACAAAUGUUCAAAACAAAGAAAAAAGCAGAUAAUUCCAAAUCAGUCAAGAAUUUAGGGGAAACCAGUAAAAAACAUAAAAAAGACACAUUUCUUGGUAAAGAACAAAUUAAAGACAAAAAGGGAAAUAAAAAUGCAUGUUCGAGCCAAGAGGUGGAAAACGGAGUUCUUCAAAAUUUGAAUAGUGUAAUGAAUAAAAUGAAUAAUUCUCCAACAAAUAGAAGGAGCUCGAGGAUUGAAAAAAGUGGAAAUAAACAUGAGUCAAAAGAUAAGAAUAAAACCAAAGAAUUAAAUUUAUCUUCAUCAGUUUUGACAAGAUCACGAUUAAGCAAUCGACUUAGUAAAUCAAAUGGAUCAAGAAAACAAUUGGAUUUUUCCUCAGAUGCUGAUGAAACUAUUCUUAAAACUUUCCUACAAGGGGAUGAAGAAUUCCAGAUUGUGACGGAAAAUAUUUCUAUAGAAGAGGAUAAUUCCUUCAGUAACCUGUCGAGGGAUUCAAAAAAAGAAAAUUUAUCAAUUAGUAUAAAUCCCUCAAACACCUCAAGAAGAAGUAGUCUAAGAAAACGCAACCGACAAGAUGAUUCACCAGUCAGCGCAGAAUCUGUACCAAGAAAAAAAAUGAUGGGGACUAAAUACAAAAAAAAUCUACAGAGAGUUGGACAAUGAGAUUGAUAAUUCUAUUGUAUUAUAAAAUCUACAUUAUUUUUAUAUACAGCCAAAUUUAAUACACAAAGUGUUUUCAUGUAAAUAAUAUUUGUCAAUAACGUAAACAGAAAUAAAUUUGUACAAAUUUU